AUGAUUUCCUGGUUAUUGAUCCUUGUAUUUUUUAGUUGUAGCUUUGAAGCUGGUACCACAAACCUUCAGCUCAGCCAUAUUUUGGAAGUACCACAAGCUGCAGCUGAACCUGUUGGCCAAUCCCCCAUCAUUCAUCCCUCAAAUAAGGGGUUUGACAUUGGAGCAGCUGAAUGUCCUGAGGCAAUCAUCAGUAUCCAUGAAACUGAAUGUGGCAGUCAACUUUCAAACACUGGUUAUUCUAGAUCUUCUCAGAACACAAAUGCCUAUUCUGGUGAAAAAAUUGAGGAUGAAUGUGACAAAGUGGAUGACUUGGUUUCAAGCAAAUUUUCUGAUAAAUCAGUAGCAGAAAUUGGAUGCAAAGAGAAGGAAGGUGAAAUUCAACUCACAAAUACUGGCAAUUUAGAAUCCUCCCACAGAAGCAUUCCUGUUGAUUUGACAAACGCAGGUGAAAAAAUUGAGAGCAAAUCUACCAUUUCUCAGGAAUUAGCAGCAAAAACUAGAAAUGAAGUUGUUCCUAAAAUCCCUUGGUACAAUAAUACCAAAAUAUGUUUUAUAAUCCUUGUUUGCAUGUGUAUCACUGGUCUUGGAUUCCUUUUGAAAUAUGGUCCAGUAUAG